CACAGUUGCUAUAAAGUGAAAUGAUCAUCAACAGACUGUUGAAGUCGUCGAUGGUCUGGGACUGAUUACAUUUAAGUCAUUUAGCAGACGCUCUUAUCCAGAGCGACUUACAAAUUGGUGCGUUCACCUGAUUAGUCAGCUAUAGAUACUCAACAAGAAUAGAGAAAAAUUGAUAGGUCGAUACACUGACUUGUCUUCACAUAGAUUCGACUUUAAAAUGUUUUAUUCAAAUUCAUGGACCAAGUGCUUGAUAUACCUUAUCUUUAUAACACGUGGAAAUUCUGAAUGUCCCAAACCACAAGUGGAGAGAAAUCAAAAUGUCGUUCUAACGAAUGAUGCGCUCCUAAAGAACGAUUUUCCGGAGGGCUCGGAAGUAUUGUUUCAAUGUACCAACGGCUACAUGAAAGCGCAAGGAUCUGAAAGCAUCACCUGCACGAGUGGAGAGUGGAGCACCCUGGAAUUAAUCUGCAAAAAGAAGGACUGCGGUGCACCCAAGGAGAUGCCACAUUUGACAUAUGAGUUUGAUAAGGAAGGGACGCUUUUUGGUGCAUCAGCAAGAGCAAUUUGUGAUAAAGGCUAUCAAAUUCAGGGAUCAAGUUACAGGCAGUGUUAUGCCACAGGUUGGAGUGGAAGAUCAAGAUGUGAAGUGGUAACUUGUGAAGAACCUAUUGAUAUAAUGAAUGGCAUUAUCUCAGAGAAGCCUGACAAACAGUUUCCAGAGUAUGGGGAUGUCAUACAGUAUUCCUGUGAUGAAGGUUACACCCUCAUUGGAAACAAAUCCAUUGAGUGUGAAGAAGAUGGUGAAUACAACUCAUUCCUUCCUGAAUGCAAAGAUGUCAAUGACCUUCCUUUGAAACCAACAACCAUAUCAGCAUCAAUGACAACAUCAACUGUUGCACCCACAAUACAAGAUGUCAAUGACAUUCCUUUGAAACCAACAUCAGCAUCAAUAACAUCGACUGUUCCACCCACAAUACAAGUUUCAGGGAGACAUCAUGGUAUUGGUGAACAUGACAUCAACGCAGCUACAAGGAAUGCAGCAGCAGUGGGAAGUGUGAUCGUCAUAGUCAUAGUCAUAGGAGCAUAUACGCACGGGGGUGACUGAAAGAGGAAUGAGGUCCACACUCCAGUCGGUUGUGUUAAUGCGCCGUAAAGUUGGUUGCCAACCACCAUAUAAAAUACACAGAAGAAGACUGAACAAGGACAUAUUACUAGUAUUGGGUUCUAAUUUUCAGAGUAAAUAACUCCCUGACACUAGAGAAGCUUAACCAAGUUUAAUUCUUCCCAAAGGGUCGAUAAAGCUGGAUUCAGACAAACAUGUUUCUACCACCAAAUUGUAUAUAUACUUCACUUUAGGCACUCCUCCUUCUCUCCGAUCCUUACAUCUUAUGGUUUGACAGGAAGAGGGUAAUAAACCAUAAUUUCUCACUUCAGGGGAUCUGACCUGACCUCAACCCCUCAUUCACCUAAUCCACAGAUGUCCAUCCGCUUUCCCUAUAGCAAUCAUGUGACUUCCUCCCGUCCACCCAACACAUUCAAAAACCAUCUGUCUCCUACAGAUAACCAUUAACUUCUGAUGUAAACCAGUCCCUUUCAGUCCUUUAUAUAAUGUGCUUCUGCAUAUAACAAUGUUCCAAGUUUCACCCAGAAUCUAACACUAGAAACGAACAAGGUUUCCCCUUUUACAUCUGUGGAUUAAUUGUCGGAGUAGAGAACACACAAUGUGACUCAAUUCUACAAAGAUCCAGCAAAAAAAAAGUAUCUUGUACAUUUCAGGUAAAAUAACAACCCAAUGUUUAUAUCCCAGGACAAAUUAGCUAGCAAAAGCAAGUUAGCUAGCUAAGUGUCCAUGAAUGUUUCAUGUGUUUCGACCUGUCCCAAAAUUAAUAUAGUUCAGAUUUUGUUUUGAUAUUUCAACCUGGCGUCCUGAUCGCGUCUAGUGUGGAUGGACAAAAUCAACAUGCGGACGCACUCACGUGCCCGAUGUAGUAAGGAUGUGUUCUAACUAAACUGGAUUCUUUGCUGUAUACUGUACUGGGGUAAACAUUCCCUUCUGUGACCCAUCAAGAGUUUCCUUCACAUGAUUUGAUCUGUUACACUAGUAGGCCUAGUCAAACUGCUGACUUUCCAAUGUUACCAGGGGCAGGGUAGCCUAGUGGUUAGAGCGUUGGACUAGUGACCGGAAGGUUGCAAGUUCAAACCCCUGAGCUGACAAGGUACAAAUCUGUCGUUCUGCCCCUGAACAGGCAGUUAACCCACUGUUCCUAGGCCGUCAUUGAAAAUAAGAAUUUGUUCUUAACUGACUUGCCUGGUUAAAUAAAGGUAACAUUUAAAAAAAAAAAAAGAAAUCAGAUUUGUAUUACACUUUCUCUUGACCAUUUGAAGAUCAUAUGAUUCCUUAUCUU